AGUGCGUCGUUCUCUGCAGUGCUCCGAGGCCACAGCUGAUGAACUGCGCAAUGCACUGUUGCUAAGCGGUCCUCCGUUCCUUCCUCCCCUCGCACCCGAACCGGAGGGACCCGUAAAGGUGCCGUGCCGCUCUCGUACGCCUCCCAAUCAUCACGUCUCUCCCUUGACACACACACACUCCAUCCCGCGUUCUUUCAUUGAUAUCUUGCCGACCUCAGUGCUCUAUUUUGCGCUCGCACCGCCUUCUGCGUUCAAUCUCGAUCGCUGUUCCUCGCACUUCCUCGCCGUCAUCCAGUUUUUUUUUCGUGUGUGGAAUGUGAUGGUGCAUCCCUGUCCGCGGCCGCCAUGUGACUUCCACGAGAACUCCAUACAGCUCUUCGUGAAAUAGGGAUUUUCCAUUCCGUCAUUCUCACAUAAUGACCUUGAUCUCGUGUCUGUCAUGUGUGCCCCUUCAGUGUAUGUACUAGGCUAGCCCUUCAUUGAUCCCUUGGGUCAAUAACGAUGUGGGAAGAUGGAGGAGCUACAGGAUGGACUCACGCGAGAAGGGUUCGAGUGGGAAGAUCAGUGGAGGGAGGGUACUACGAAGGUCCUCCGGGAGCGUUGGAAGUGCAUCGGGUUUAAGACGAGGCCGAGGGGGAGGGAGUCACCAACGAUCGAGUCACGGUCACGGUGACAUGAAAGAGAAGCUGGAACGGAGCCGGCAGAGCGCCCGCGAGUGUCGGGCACGCAAGAAACUCCGCUAUCAGUACCUGGAAGAACUCGUCGCAUCCCGCGAGAAGGCCAUAUUUUCCCUCAGAAAGGAAUUGGACCAGUAUCGAGAAUGGGCAGCGGAUAUCGAAGCAGGCCGCGUUCCCGAGGGAUUCCUAGAAGCCGUCAAGAGAGACGACGAGCUUCUCCCCAACUCUCAAAAGCACGAAUGAUGACACCGCGUCGGAGACGACGAACGCCUGUGGACGUGGGACUGCGUACCACGCGGAUGACAUCCUUCACCCGGUUCAGGCUGCCGCAGCCAAAGUGUUUACGUUUUCUUAGUUUUAGAUGAUGUCAUUAUGUUAUAUGCACUACAAAUAAAUGUCUUUUUUUUUAAUGCAAAA